CUGGCUUCUGCACAGAGGAGGCCACCAGCCGGCUCCUGGGGACUGUGGCCACCUUGAGGCGGCCGCGCUUUGGAGAGCAAGCUGAGCCCGUGGGCUGCCUUUUCCCCUGGUGAAUGGGUUGCUGGUGACUCCCCUUCCUCUGGCCUCUCCCGCCCCGACAGGAGAAGGAGCCUCUGCUGUGGUGACCCUUGAGUGUUUCCCCUCAGGAGGAGGCUCUGGGCCUCCGGAGGAGGAGGAGGAGGAGGAUGCCCGCGCCAUGGAUGGAUGGUUGGGUUCCUUGAGUCGUCCAGACCCUGCUGACACUCCCAGCUGCUCCCCGUGUCCAUGGAAACCACAGUGGGCAGCCCGGGAGGAAGGUAGAGGCUGACAGGCGAGGGAGGAACCUGGCUGACAAAGGAGGCUCUCUCUUGCCAGCCCUCUCCUGGUGGGCCGGCUCUCGGCAUGGGUGCCCCCCUCAGACUUGAGCACUAGGCUUUGCUUCACGGUGCCAGAGGAAGGGGGAGCAAGCCCCGAUCUCUCUGGGAGCCCUGCAGCAGGGGACAGGGGCCGGGAGGCGGCGGCUGCCCUCUGAGCCUCCCGCCGUCGAGCAAGGCUGCACCGGGGAAGAGGAGGACACACACUGCUGCUCCUGGCUGGUCCCCAGGGCAAAGCAGAGGAGGAGGCCCCCGGCGGCAGGAGGUGCCCACCUGGAUCUGGGGGCUGUGGGGUGGGUGUGUGCAGAUGCUGCAGGCAGAUCAGUGAGCCUGUCGUCAGUCUGAAGAAGAGCAGGCACCCAUCUAGCUGCUGCUGCUGCUCACAACUUGCUGGCAGGUGACAGCUGGUCCUUGUCUCCGUGGGUGUCUUCCUUAGCAGCAGCAGCAGCAGCAAGAGUGUCCAGGAUCCGGGUUCCAGGUGCUUCUCUGAGGCUCCGGCACGGCGAAAACCUUUGCAGCCUGGGACACCGGACUCCUUCGACAGGAAGACCCAGAUCUGGAGCCCACCAUGACAGGUGUGUGCGGCUGCUGUGGAGCUCUGCGUCCUCGUUACAAGAGGCUUGUUGACAAUAUUUUCCCAGAGGAUCCAGAGGAUGGGCUGGUGAAAACCAACAUGGAGAAGCUGACUUUCUACGCACUCUCUGCUCCCGAGAAGCUGGACCGCAUCGGGGCGUACCUGUCGGAAAAGCUGAUCCGAGACGUGAGCAGACACCGAUAUGGGUACGUGUGCAUCGCUAUGGAAGCCUUGGACCAGCUCCUCAUGGCCUGCCACUGCCAGAGCAUCAACCUUUUCGUGGAGAGUUUCUUGAAGAUGGUGGCCAAGCUGCUGGAGUCCGAGAAGCCUGACCUGCAGAUCCUUGGCACCAACUCAUUUGUGAAGUUUGCAAACAUUGAAGAGGACACGCCCUCGUAUCACCGAAGCUACGACUUCUUCGUGUCCCGCUUCAGCGAAAUGUGUCACUCCAGCCACGAUGACCUGGACGUCCGGACAAAGAUCCGGAUGUCCGGCAUAAAAGGGCUGCAGGGCGUGGUGCGCAAGACGGUGAAUGAUGAGCUUCAGGCAAACAUCUGGGACCCCCAGCACAUGGACAAGAUCGUGCCUUCGCUGCUCUUCAAUCUCCAGCAUGCAGAAGAAGCGGAAAGCCGCUCUCCAUCUCCCUUGCAAACCAGCGAGAAGGAGAAAGAGAGCCCUGCCGAGCUGGCAGAGAGAUGUCUGCGGGAGCUCCUGGGCCGGGCAGCUUACGGCAACAUCAAGAACGCCAUCAAGCCGGUCCUCAUUCACCUGGACAAUCACUCUCUGUGGGAGCCCAAGACCUUUGCCAUCCGCUGCUUCAAGAUCAUCAUGUACUCGAUCCAGCCUCAGCACUCCCACUUGGUGAUCCAGCAGCUUCUCAGCCACCUGGAUGCCAACAGCAAAAGCGCCGCCACCAUCCGUGCCGGGAUCGUGGAGGUCCUGUCCGAGGCGGCUGUCAUCGCAGCCUCCGGAUCGGUUGGACCCACAGUGCUGGAGGUGUUCAACACGCUCCUGAGACAACUGCGCCUGAGCAUCGACUACGCCCUGACUGGCAGCUAUGAUUCCGCCAUUGCUGGUGGCACCAAGAGCAUCAAAGAGCACGAAGAGAGGAUGUUCCAGGAGGCGGUCAUCAAGACCACAGGUUCCUUUGCCAGCACCCUGCCUACCUAUCAGAGGUCGGAGGUGAUGCUCUUUAUCAUGAGCAAGGUCCCGCUUCCUUCUCUACAUCACUCUCUAGACACGGGCAAAGCUGGGGAGAACAGGAGUCGCUUAACACAGAUCAUGCUGUUGAAAUCGCUCCUGCAGGUCUCCACUGGCUUCCAGUGCAGCAACAUGCUGACGGCCCUCCCCAGCUCCUUCCUGGACCGGCUGCUGUCAGCAGCUUUGAUGGAAGAUGCAGAGAUCCGUCUGUUCGUCCUCCAGAUUCUCAUCAGCUUUAUCGACCGCCACGGGAACAAACACAAGUUCCAGACCAUCAGCACCCUCGGAGAUAUCUCCAUCCUGAAGCUGAAAGUGGACAAGUGUUCGCGUCAGGAUACUGUCUUCAUGAAGAAGCACUCCCAGCAGCUCUAUCGGCACAUGUUCCUGACCUGCAAGGAGGAGAACAACGGGCGUGGCCACUAUGAGGCUCUCUACGGCCUUCUGGCCCUCAUCAGCAUUGAGCUGGCUAACGAGGAGGUGGUGGUAGACCUUAUCCGUCUGGUGCUGGCCAUGCAGGAACUGGCCCAAGUCAACGAGGAUAACCUGCCGCUGUACAACCGCUGUGCCUUGUACGCCCUGGGAGCCGCCUACCUCAACCUCAUCAGCCAGCUGACCACCGUGCCCGCCUUCUGCCAGCACAUCCACGAGGUCAUAGAGAUGAGGCAGAAGGAGGCCCCCUACCUGCUCCCCGAAGGUGUAUUUGCAGAGAAACCCAGGCUCUCGAGGAACUUGGACUGCCUGGGGCCCGAGAUCCUCUUCCGGCAAAGCAAGAUCAGCGAAGUGCUGGGAGGGAGCGGCUACAACUCGGACAGGCUCAGCACCCCCUACAUCCCCCAGCUGACAGAUGAAGAUCGGCUGUCCAAGAGGAAGAGCAUUGGCGAGACCAUCUCCCUGCAGGUGGAAGUGGAGUCGCGAAAUAGCCCCGAAAAAGAGGAGAAGGCACCAGCUGAAGAGAUCACUUACGAAACCCUGAAGAAAGCAAUUGUUGACAGUGUUGCGGUGGAGGAACAGGAGCGGGAGAGACGGCGGCAGGUGGUGGAGAAGUUCCAGAAAGCUCCCUUUGAAGAAAUUGCUGCUCAUUGUGGUGCCCGGGCCACUCUGCUCCAGAGCAAGCUCAACCAGAUAUUUGAGAUUACCAUACGGCCCCCUCCGAGCCCUUCCGGCACCAUCACAGCUGCUUACGGCCAGCCCCAGGGCCACUCCAUCCCUGUGUAUGAGAUGAAAUUCCCAGACCUGUGCGUGUACUGAGAGCCAGCCUGCAUGCCAGGACAAGGUGGUGCCCUGAACCAGCCAGGACCACGUGGAGUGCCGCCUGCAUGAGCCAAAGCAGGGCUGUGGGUCAGAGCGAGGGGUGGGGGAGACGCCCCGUCGCCACCUUCAGUGCACGAUGGACAGAAGCACCCCCUGCAUACUUUCCUCCUUUCCCUUCUUCGUGCUCAACUCGUGUUUCUGUCACGCAAACCACAGAACGCCUUUUAUGGACAGUGAAGGAAGUGGGGUGGGUGUUGGCUUCCCUUUUUUAGAAGCUGCAGAACUAUUUUGAGGGGUUUGAAUGUUUUCCUUGGUCGCGCUCUCUCUCUAGUGAAAGCGUGUGUUGAUAAUCCAUUACAUAAAGUGACUCUCUUCUCUGUG